ACACACACCUCCCCCUAUACACACACACACAUACUCCCCCCCCCCCCCCAGACCCCGAUGAAAAGUGAUCACAGUUGUCCCGGGGGCGAGCUCCUGGCUGCUUUUGUGGUUUAAAGCGCACCGCCCCCCCCCCCCCGCCCCCCCCUUCUCGCUCCUGAACGCCAAAAAACUUCGGGGCCGCGAUCAUGGGGCGAGCCGAGGAGCUGGUGAGGAUUGCAAAGAAGCUGGAUAAGAUGGUGACCAGGAAGAACACGGACGGAGCUCUGGAUCUGCUGAAAGAACUGAACGGCUACACGAUGACCAUCGAGCUGCUGCAGUCCACGAGAAUUGGGGUGGCUGUCAACGCUGUCCGGAAGCAGUGCUCGGACGAAGAGGUGGUGGCCCUGGCGAAAAUCCUCAUCAAGAAUUGGAAACGACUGCUAGAGUCCUCGGGGACCCCGAAGAGAGAGAAGGCCCUGGAAGGGCAAAAGGAUAAAAAAGAAAAAAGUCUCGACUUUCCCAGCUGGCAGCCGGAAGGGGCGAAUUCCCAUCCAGUGAAACGCUGCAAAAGCCCAGCUGAGAAGCACAAGGAAAAGGACAAAGGAAGGGACUUUCCCAACCAUAAGGCAGCGGGCCCUCUUCCUGGCUCGAAGAAACAUUCAUUGGAUCAGAAACAGGACAGGAAAUCCAGCAAGUCCGGUUCUCACACGGCAGCCCCAAAGAGUCAUUCUGCAGACUCCAAGCCAGACAGGGAGACCAGCGACUACAGCGCUCUUCCCGCCACCUCUAAAAAGUUGCACUCGGACGGCAAGAGAGAGAGGAGAGACUCUGCAGACUCAAGAUCUUCCACCAUCACCACUGCCUCCUCUUCUUCUUCCCCUCAGAAGAGACCAUCGGUGGAAAGGAGGCCCUCUACAGGCUCCAACCCAGCAGCCUCCCCCCCCGGCUCUCGGAAGAACUCCAGUGAUGGCAAAGAGGAAAGACCCAACAGCGCCAGAUCCAAAGCCGAGACCCCCAAGACUCCCAGCAGCCCCUCGAGUCCCACGUUUGCACCGACCAUCUGCUUCCUGGCGUCCUGCUACCUCACGGGCGAUUCGGUGCGGGACAAGUGCGUCGAGAUGAUCUCGGCUGCCCUGAAAAUGGACGAUGAUUACAAACAGUUUGGAGUCAACUGUGAAAAGCUGGCCUCUGAAAUCGAAGAUCAUAUCUUCCAAGAGCUGAAGAGCACGGACAUGAAGUACCGGAACCGCGUGAGGAGCAGGAUCAGUAACCUGAAGGACCCCAAGAACCCCAACCUGCGGAGGAACGUGCUGAAUGGAGCCAUCUCCCCCAGCCUCAUUGCUAGGAUGACGGCAGAGGAGAUGGCGAGCGACGAACUGAAGGAGCUGAGGAACGCCAUGACCCUAGAAGCCAUCCGGGAGCAUCAGAUGGCGAAGACUGGGGGCACCACCACAGACCUCUUCCAGUGCGGCAAGUGCAAGAAGAAGAAUUGCACUUACAACCAGGUCCAGACGCGUAGCGCCGAUGAACCCAUGACAACGUUCGUGCUGUGUAACGAGUGCGGGAACCGCUGGAAGUUCUGCUGAGGCCGCUCCUGUUUGCACCCGGGCCACCCGCGGAGACGAUGCAGCCUGCCGGCAAAGGAGAAUCUCUGACCAUCCAAAUUUGAAACUGGGGGUGGGAAGGGGCAGGGGAAGGGAAGAGAACUAACCUGUUGAGAGAGGAGCUGAAAGUC